CCCCAAGAUACUUGAAUUCCUCCACUUGAGGCAGGAGCUCUCCUCCAACCCAGAGGGUUAAAAAUAAUGAACAGAUCUGGUGACAUAGGGCAGCCCCAAUCAGUCAAAUGCAAUAUGGUAGAGCAGAACUUAUUUUCAUCUGCCAUGAUGUCAAUCAAUGAAAAGCUCCGCAAGUUCUAACUAACUAACUAACAGAGGCCACUUGUGAUCUGUUUCUACUGUCAUGUUCGCUCCAUUUUAAGUAACUAGACACAAUACAAGCAACGACGAGGAUGGGAUUCGAACCCACGCGUGCAGAGCACAAUGGAUUAGCAGUCCAUCGCCUUAACCACUCGGCCACCUCGUCUCUUAUAUGUGGUUUCUAUGGUGACCGUUGUAACGUGUUAGCAUCAAAGGCAACCAACGCUGAACCUGAGUCAACUUUUGUCAUUUCGUGUUUUCUGCUGGUUCCAAGGGGAAAUAUUGAUUGGCAUGUGAGGGGUAGUGGGAUCGAUGCCUGAAUUCUCCACAAGAUGUCAGUAUUCUCUCUUCUGUUGGGACGAUCACGAGUCAGAUCAGAAUAAAGUCUGGUCGAUAAACUCAUGCAGGGUCAUAGCAGUUACACUCUGUCACUGAGCGUAUGUGUAAUUCACCUCACAUCUGAUGGAUAUAGAUGGUUCAUAGAUGGAUAAAAAGCACUACAGGUAAGAGGAAAAAACAUACACUGGAUUUUGAAGUGAACUUAAGUGAAAUAUUAAAUGUUCUUAAUGUUGCAGUUGGAAUUUCUGUGUUUACACAGUAAAACUGAGAUUUACAAUCAAUAUGACAGGAAGAACAUCCUGUGUGUCGUGCUUUAAGCACUUUCAGGUCAUUCAGUUUGUUUGCUUCUGUGUGGAUUUGAUAAGAUUAGACAGUAAGCGAGUCAACAAUGAGAAGUUGUUUUCAAGUUCAAAACCACAAUUAUUAUUAUGUAAUUACUGAGGCUAUCUUAGGAUUUAGCUUUUUCCCACAGAGGACAACACUUCUCGGUCAGACUUUUAUAUGAAACGUGAGCACAAAAAACUCUCCUGUGGGUCACGUCUGGGGGGUUCACAUACUGAGGACGUGUUUGGAGGAAGAUCCUGAAUCUGACUCUAUUUGAACAAACACAACCUGAUGACUCAUGACAGUGGCCAUUUAACACGACUAUUCCUGGGAGGGAAAAUGGGAGUGAGUGUAAAUGGACCCAUCGUUCUCACUGUGACGAGUGUGCAGAGUUACAAGUCAAAGCUUAGUCUUAGCUUUUGCAAUGGGCAGAAUUAUUGUCACGUGUGUUGUAUGAUUGCAUUUAUUUUAACUGGGUUCAUCAAGACACAUGGUGUGGAAUGAAAGUUUUCCUUACAAGCUUUGCGUGAGUUUCAGUUUUACUUGUAAGUUGAUUGUAGUCACUCAUCCUCCUUCGUCCCUUCAGGGAAGCUUCUGAAACACGUUCAGGUGCAUCCGGUGGAGUGAAAAGCAGCGUCUACAGUGGCCACGACAUGUUUAACUCUCGCUCCUGUGAGAGCAGAAGUUCACUAAGUGUUGAGGAAGCAACUUCCUCCUCUUUCAGUUAUUGACGGUUGUCGCGGUGACCAAGGGAACAUGGCCGACUCUCUGUUCCUUCUCUCUGACAGCAGAAGCACUUCUCCUGGAGCUUUCUCAAAAACCGACUCAUUGCUCACAGAGCCACGAUGACCAAGUGUUAAUCUCUGUGGCCAGAUGCUGCAGAGGUGAUGAUGCGAGCGGAUGUUCAUGUGAGGGUCGCCCACUGCACUGUGCCCUGUGUUGGAGGGUACUGCACAUCCUUCCACCUCAGCAGUGGUCCAGCAGCAAAAACAAAAACUCGAUGCAGAAUUGUCUGAGUGGUAUGAGCUCAGUUACUUUUGAAAACCAAAUGUUUUAAUUCCUAAGAAGUGAGCAAGACGUGUCCAUGGUUUGUUAGCCUGAGCUAUCAGAGCGUGCCUGGUGCUCUGCAGGCUCUUAUCUGUGUUUUUGUACAAGCAGGCCUAAAAGUUGAAGUACCCACCUUAAACCUUGAGACAGAAUAUUUUCUUCUUUUUUGACAUUUGAGGAAUUUCCUUGUCAACAAGAGUAUAGAUGAAGGUUGCUGCCGUGGUCAUGCAUUUAUUUGUUUUUUAUUGUUUUCGCUUUGUUUUUAGCUUAGCACUGUGAAUGAUGCUGAUGCCCCAAAGGUCUGAACAGAGUUGCAGUCGCAGAGAAAUCAACAGUUGUAGCUCCCUCAGCAGGAUGCUGAUGAGGCCAAGUGUACUUCUGUUUCUGGCUUUAUUCGCCCAAGUUUUAAGGACCCAGUGCCAGCCUGCCAACACUAAAGAGCGCUCACUCCACAAGCCAAUCCUGCAGGCUGGCCUGCCGGCUGAUCGCACCGCAGUGGUGGGCAGCGACGUGGAGUUUGAGUGCAAGGUGUUCAGUGACCCUCAGGCUCAUAUCCAGUGGCUGAAGCACAUUGAGGUCAACGGGAGCCGAUUUGGUCCCGAUGGUUCACCACACAUCCAUGUCCUCAAGACCACCACCACUGGCCUUAACUCCAUGCAGUAUGAAAUGGAAGUCCUGCAACUGAGAAAUGUGUCUUUUGAUGACGCUGGGGAGUAUACCUGCUUGGCGGCCAAUGUUCUCGGGUUCUCUCAUCACUCUGCAUGGCUGACCGUUGUUAAAGCGACAGCCAGAGAAACCUGGGACAGGCGGGGUAGAGAGAGAGGGGACGAUGGCAUGCAGCAAAGGGAGCCGGGCUGGAAUCGAAAACAGACUGGGAAUGCCAGGAAAAGGCCCGAACACACAGCAACAGAGCGCUCACUCCACAGGCCAAUCCUGCAGGCUGGCCUGCCGGCUGAUCGCACCGCAGUGGUGGGCAGCGACGUGGAGUUUGAGUGCAAGGUGUUCAGCGACCCUCAGGCUCAUAUCCAGUGGCUGAAGCACAUUGAGGUCAACGGGAGCCGAUUUGGUCCCGAUGGUUUACCGUAUGUCCGUGUUCUCAAGACCACCACCACUGGCCUUAACUCCAUGCAGUAUGAAAUGGAAGUCCUCCAACUGAGAAAUGUGUCUUUUGAUGACGGUGGGAAGUAUACCUGCUUGGCGGGCAAUUCUAUCGGGUUCUCUUAUCACUCUGCAUGGUUGACCGUUGUUAAAGCGACAGCCAGAGAAACCUGGGACAGGCGGGGUAGAGAGAGAGGGGACUUUGGCACGCAGCAAAGGGAGCCGGGCUGGAAUCGAAAACAGACUGGGAAUGCCAGGAAAAGGCCUGAACACACGGCAACAGAGCGCUCACUCCACAAGCCAAUCCUGCAGGCUGGCCUGCCGGCUGAUCGCACCGCAGUGGUGGGCAGCGACGUGGAGUUUGAGUGCAAGGUGUUCAGCAACCCUCAGGCUCAUAUCCAGUGGCUGAAGCACACUGAGGUCAACGGGAGCAGAGUCGGUCCUGAUGGUUUACCGUAUGUCCAUGUCCUCAAGACCACCACCACUGGCCUUAACUCCAUGCAGUAUGAAAUGGAAGUCCUCCAACUGAGAAAUGUGUCUUUUGAUGACGCUGGGGAGUAUACCUGCUUGGCGGCCAAUGUUCUCGGGUUCUCUCAUCACUCUGCAUGGUUGACCGUUGUAGAAGGUAUCAGUGGUUCUGUCUCUCUCCUAUGUUUCUAUGUAUUUAACCUUAAUUACCACUUCCAGCUCUUCAGUAUGUUGCUCAACUUACCUUUCUCUCGAAACAUGUGAGCAAGCAUACUCAGCAAAUUUGACCAUAACAGAGAAACGUAGUCUUUAGUACUGAGACCUCAGAUACCUGACGGUGGUGAAGGGACGACCACCAAUAUUAAGGGUCAGCCAAUCAGUGUGUGCUCCAUGCUGAUCAGAGGUCAGCUUGGCUACGUUUUGAGGGUCUGCGAGUCUCUGGGAUCAUGUUCACACUUUCACUGGCGGUGGAUGAGACUCCUGUACUCACCGAUGAAUGGAUCUCCUUCUGACACAUACAACACGUUGUCAACUCUGUGACAAACACGAGCCACACAGACGAGUCACACGGUGAGUCCAUGUGUUCAUUGUGCUGUUCAUGACAUUGUUUUCUGUGUUCUGUUGGGCUGCAGGUUAACUGGAGGUGCAGCCGUGGCCAAUCAGCAUGAGUGCUGAUGCAUGGCGUCUGUUCUGCAGGGUGUAGAAGUCUCUGCUCCACCCAGCAGCACUCUCUCAGCCAGCCGAGUCUCACUAUACCACUGUUCAUUCUGGGUUAUUGGCUUAAUAAACUCAAGA